AUGACGGGGAAAGCCGGGGAAGCGCUGAGCAAGCCCAAACCUGAGACAGUGGCCAAGAGUACCUCGGGGAGCGCCCCGGCCAGGUGCACCGGGUUUGGCAUCCAGGAGAUCCUGGGCUUGAACAAGGAGCCCCCCAGCUCCCACCCGCGGGCUGCCCUCGACGGCCUGGCCCCCGGGCACUUGCUGGCUGCGCGCUCCGUGCUCAGUCCCGCAGGAGUGGGCGGCAUGGGGCUGCUGGGGCCUGGGGGGCUCCCCGGCUUCUACGCGCAGCCCACCUUCCUGGAAGUGCUGUCCGACCCGCAGAGCGUCCAUUUACAGCCGUUGGGCAGAGCGUCGGGGCCGCUGGACACCAGCCAGACGGCCAGCUCGGAUUCUGAAGAUGUUUCCUCCAGCGACCGAAAAAUGUCCAAAUCGGCUUUAAACCAGACCAAGAAACGGAAGAAGCGGAGACACAGGACAAUCUUUACCUCCUACCAGCUAGAGGAGCUGGAAAAGGCGUUCAACGAGGCCCACUACCCAGACGUCUAUGCCCGGGAGAUGCUGGCCAUGAAAACGGAGCUGCCAGAGGACAGGAUACAGGUCUGGUUCCAGAACCGCAGAGCCAAGUGGAGGAAGCGGGAGAAGUGCUGGGGCCGGAGCAGUGUCAUGGCUGAGUACGGGCUCUAUGGGGCCAUGGUGCGGCACUCCAUCCCCCUGCCGGAGUCCAUCCUCAAGUCCGCCAAGGACGGCAUCAUGGACUCCUGUGCCCCGUGGCUGCUGGUUCAAGAUGGCUUUCCCAGGCGCUUUUCUAAACCCGAAUACCAACAAUUCUUUUUAGGGAUGCACAAAAAGUCGCUGGAGGCAGCAGCCGAGUCCGGGAGGAAGCCGGAGGUGGAGCGCCAGGCCCUGCCCAAGCUCGACAAGAUGGAGCAGGAGGAGCGGGGCCCUGACCCUCCGGCCGCCAUGUCCCAGGAGGAACUGAGGGAGAACAGCAUUGCCGCGCUCCGAGCCAGAGCUCAGGAGCACAGCACCAAAGUGCUGGGAACUGUGUCCGGGCCGGAGAGCCUGGCCCGGAAUGCCGAGGAGCCAGAGGAGGAGGAGGCGAUGGAUGAAGACAGGCCGACGGAGAAGCUGAGUCCACCGCAGCUCGAGGACAUGGCUUAG